GCCGCUCACCCAACAACCAACAAGCAUCAGUUCUCAAAAUCAAGAAGCAACAGCAGCCCAUCUCUUGACAAUAUACAAGAGACAAAAUAAAGGAAAUAUUACAAGUGGCUUUUUCUGUUAUUAAUACAUAAUCAACCAUGAGAGUAUUCAUGAUUGUGGCACUCGCCACUGUGGCGAUGGCAAGACCAGAAGCUGGUUACUCUUAUCAACAACCAGGUGGUGGUAAUUCAGGUGGAUUUGGUGGUGUAUCAUUUGGACAAGGUGGACAAAGUGGAUCAGGAGGAUUUGGAGGAUUUGGAGGUGGACAUGGUGGUGGUUCAUCAUUUGUUGGAAGCAGUGGUGGUUCAUCAUUUGCUGGUAGCAGUGGUUCAUCAUCAUUUGGUAGUGGAUUAAGUGGAGGUGGAUCAUCUGGUGGUUUUGGAGGACAAUCCUUCGGUGGUAGCAGCAGUGGACAAUCAUUCAGUGGACAAUCAUUCGGUGGUAAUGCUGGUGGUCUUAUUCAAAAACAUAUUUAUGUACAUGUACCACCACCAGAACCAGUUGAAGAACGUCCAGCAAGACAACAACAACAAUUAGCUGCACCACAAAAACAUUAUAAAAUUAUUUUCAUUAAAGCACCAACUCCACCAACUCCAACAGCACCAGCAAUUCCACAAUUACCAGCUGGUGAUUCUGAAAAAACUCUUAUUUAUGUUUUGGUUAAAAAACCAGAAGAAGCACCUGAAUUUACAAUUCCAACUGCUGCACCAACACAACCAUCAAAACCAGAAGUUUACUUUAUCAAAUACAAGACACAAAAAGAACAAGGUGGUUCAAUUGGCUCAAUUGGUGGUGGAUCAAUUGGUGGUGGCUCAAUUGGUGGUGGUUCAUCAAGUUCAUCAAGUUCAUCAAGUGGUUCAUCUCUCAGUAGUUCAAUUGGUUCAAUUGGAUCAAUUGGUGGUGGUAGUGAUGUUGGAUCAAGUGGACCAUCUGGACCAAGUUCAAACUACGGACCACCAGGUGCAUCUGGUCCAUACUAGUCAAUUAAUAUAUCAACAUUAUGACAACCUUCCAAAAAGAUGACAAAACAAAUAACAAAAAAAAACGAAAGAAAAAAAAACAGAAAAUCAAGAAAAAAAUUAAUAAUAUUAAUAAUCAACCGAAGUAAGCAAGCAAUGAUUAACAAUAAUCAGGAUUAUUAUUGUUAAAUCAUCAUCAUCAUCAUCAUCUCUACAACUCCUCCAUAAUUCUCGUAAUUAAACAAAUUAAUUUGUUUAAUUAUUAACGCCAUUGAUGAUAUUUUGACACUUGUUGUCAUAAUGUCUUUGAAAGAUUAUUGAGAAUUUAUAUAAUACUUGAUUGAUCAUACGAGUGCCCGCUUAAACAACGAUCAACCUUGUGUUACCUCUCUUUUUCUCUCUCAAAUUGUCUUUCUCUAAUUUUAACUUCUUUCAAUCUCAAUUGACCAAUGAAAGAAAAGAAAAAAAAAAGAACACCAAAAAUCUUCCUUAAGAAUGAUUUUACCUCCUCAUUUAAUUGUUUCUUUUUUUUUUUUUUUUAAAUAUAUAUAUAAUUGUUAAUACACACAUACGACUGUAAUAUACUUCACAGAUGAUAUUUUUUUAUAUUUUUAUACCGACAAAAUU